AUGCACGGCACUACCCUACUCAUCUCUUCUCUCGCUCUCGGAUUCGUCCACUUCACUCGAGCCAACGAGGGCAUUGAAUUCGAUGAUGUGCCAAACCAAUGCCGAGACGUCUGCACGCCAGUCGUAGAACUCUCCGAAUCUUGCGACAAUCAAUCGUUCAGCAGCAACGAUCGCGAAAUCCAAUGCAUCUGCACUGGUCAGAACAUGGCCACCGCGAUCCCGGAUUGUGAGGCCUGUAUCCGCCCCUUUUGGCAAGGCAGUGACGACGAUGACUACGAUGAGACAAACAACCUACUGCGCAGAUGCGGUCUGACUGCCGCAAGCGAGACGUCCAGCGGAGCCUCAAGCUCAACAUCGAUGUCUACUAGCACUGGUUCUUCAGCCAGCCAGACUACUUCUACAUCAUCCUCGACUUCGACAGAUGCUUCCGGCUCUCCAACUGUUGUCGCUCAGACGACGACUUUCGAUGGAGGAGUUGGCGGAGCAUUUGCUACUCCUGCCGCUGGCGUUGGGCUCGCUGCCGUCAUGGCGGUUGUGGUGGCUUUGUGA